AUGUCAUUGACAAACAAUACCAAUACCCAUCCCAGCACCUUUCUCCUUGGCAUUCCAGGGAUGGAGGCCAUCCACACUUGGAUAUCAGUGCCCUUCUGUCUUGUUUACCUAAGUGCUCUCCUGGGAAAUAUCUCUAUUCUACUUAUUAUCAGAACAGAUUCCAGCCUGCACGAGCCCACGUACUUCUUCCUCUGUAUGCUCUCCGUGGCUGAACUGAUCAUCUCCACUACUGCUAUGCCCAAAAUCCUCAGCAUUUUUUGGUUCAAUGACAGGGAGAUCUAUUUUGAAGCCUGCCUUAUACAAGUAUUUCUCAUCCAUUCACUAUGCAGCAUGGCCUCGGGGUUUAUCUUGGCCAUGGCCUUUGACAGGUAUGUGGCAAUCUGCAAUCCUCUGAGACAUUCCAUUAUCCUGACACACAGAGUCAUCAAGAACAUGGGGCUGGCUAUUGUUUUCCGGGGAACUUUGCUUUUCAGUCCUCAGCCCUUCAUGCUUCAGUGGCUUCCCUACUGCAGAACUAAUAUCAUCUCCCACACUUACUGUGAAUUCAUGGCUUUGAUCAAGCUUGCUUGUGCAGAGACCAGGAUACGAAGACUAUACAGCCUAACUGCUGCCUUCCUUACUGGAGAUUUAGAUUUCAUAUUAAUCCUCUGCUCCUACAUUGUCAUCCUUUACACUGUCUUCCGUCUUCCAUCCAAGGCUGAUCGGCUCAAGACCUUGGGCACUUGUGGAUCCCACGUGUGUGUGAUCUUAGUGGCCUACACUCCAGCCUUUUUCUCCUUUCUUAAUCACAGGUUUGGGCAUGGUGUAGCUCCUCAUGUUCACAUCUUUGUGGCCAACAUCUAUCUCCUCGUCCCAUCCAUGGUGAACCCAAUGAUCUACGGCAUAAGAACCAAGAGGAUAAGAGAACGAUUCCGCCAAGUUUUGACUUCUCACAAAUUCUAA